UCCGGGUUGGAAGGACCGCCAUUUUGUUUGCGCACAUGGAAGCCCCGGCUUUUGACCCGAAGGGUGCGGAGGUUGCCAUGGCGACCGGAGUUGGCUCCAGCAGCUAGGCCUCCGCAGAUUCAAGGCAAAACAUUCAUGGACGACGACGAGGAGGGGAAAGAAAAAAGGGAAGGGAGGCUGCCAAGGAAUAGCAAGUGCUGUAGGCUAUAUUCAGAGGCAGGACUGGAUCACAAACCGCCUCUGAGCCUUUCUUGUCUAAGAGAAAACCUUGGCAUUCAAGGGGUCACCAUAAGCAGACAGGCAACUUUGUGGCGCAUAUUUUCACUUUACAUGACCAAAGCUGCAAAAUGAAGGUCCCAGUUGCCGUUACUCGCCUGCCCCGAGGACCUGAUGGAAGCCGUGGCUUCGAUCCCAACUCUCUUCGCUUCCAAGCGCUUGGUCCUGCCAGCCUUUCCUCCGUGGGCUAUGAGAACAAGGCAGACCUGGAACUGGAGCAGCAAAGCCGAGUGGCUUUGCGGGAACGCUACCUGCGCAGCCUCUUGGCUAUGACUGGACGGCCUGUCAGCUUCACCAUGUAUGAGAGGGUGAGCGUCACUGCCUUGUUUGGAGCAUCAGACAUUGACAUCCUGAACUUCCAAGUUUCAGAACUACAGACGCCACUGGGGACACAGAGGGAAGCCCUUCUCCGCUGCUCAGACAUCAUAGCGUACUCUUUUGAGCUUUGAAAGCUACCCCAUCCCAGCUUCCUUUUUAAUAUUAAAAGCAUUUGUAAUAAACAUGCAUUUGGUCCUUUGAGAGCUGCAGAAA